AUGGUGGAUGAGACCCUUGGCCGAUCAAGUAUCUUAAAGAACGUUCUUCAAGUACGUAGUCCCACUUCAAGCUAUCCUUCUGGAGAUCUUCUUAGUUUGAGCAAGAUCUUGGCAGAGAAAACCAGGAAGCUAGCUGCUCGAAUGUUCUUCGAGACACUGGUAUUGAAGUCUACAGCGAUAUCGCUCUGA